AUGGCAGUGAGUAGGCCUGGAGAAGCCAAGCUUCUGGAGGCGAUGUGGAUGAUGCUACAGCAGGAGAGCCUCGACUACUACGUGGUGGCAACGAAGUGGCGUUUGGGCACUGUGCUUCUUCUCGGUGGAGGAGUGGCGUCAGUGGUGUUAGGUCUUGAGAUCGACGUCGGCUGGGAGUUUGAAAUGGCAUAUGACAUAUUUCAUGAUGUUGAUGAGGUGAUAGAAGUAGUGGUGAGGCAAGAAGAGAAUGUUAGUGAAGAGGUCAGUGAAGAAGGAAAUGUCGGUGAAGAGAUGAGUGAAGAAGAGAACAGUGCGAAUGAUGUUGGUGGAUCUGAGUAUAGUUUUUGUGAUAGUGAUGAUGAAGAUUGGACUGGUGUUCAUGAAGGAGUUGAGAAUUUGGGAGAUCAUAAUCUUCAAAACAUUGGCUUGGAAAAUGAAAUUCCAGAUGUGAGCAGUGAUGGGUUAUCUAAUUACAGUGAGAAUCAAGAUUUGACUGGAGAAAGUGAGGAUGAAAUAGAGAGUAAUGUAACGAAAGGGAAAGGAAAAAAGCAAACAAGGACCGUGGAUUAUUUAUAUAAAUCAUUGAAGGGGAAGUUGUUCAAAUAUGCUGAAGGGGGAAAAAUUGAAUUUGAGAAGGGCCAUAUUUUUGAUGACAUCCGCCAUUUCAGAGAGGUUUUGGUGGAGUAUUCAGUCCAAAAAGGUUUUAACCUUGUUAGGGAAAAAAAUGAGACCGGUAGAAUUACUUGUCACUGUGCUAACCAAGGCUGCAGUUGGAGAAUUCAUGCAACUAUAUUGGCUGAUCAGUUGACAUAUAAGGUGAAGUCUGUAGGCCCAGAGCACACUUGCAUCAGAAUAAGUAAGCUCAAGAGUGUGACUGCACCUUUUAUAGCAAAAAAGCUUAUGGAGAAGUUUAAAAGGAAUCCUGAAAUUAAUGUCAAAUAUGUGAAAGAAGAAGUUAGAGAAAAACUUCUUGCAAUUGUAAGUACUAGUGCUUGUUGGAGGGCUAGAAAUAUAGCAAGAGAUCAGAUUCUAGGGAACCAUUCUACUUCAUAUAAAAAGCUGUGGAAAAAUGUAGCUGAGGGGCCAUUUGGGGGUAUUUUGAUGAGUGCAAUAGGACUUGAUGGGAAUAAUGGAUUAUAUCCAUUUGUAGUAGCUGUAGUUGAGUCUGAAACUAAAGACAGUUGGAAAUGGUUUCUGGAUCACUUGCAUAAAUUCCUAGGUGAUACAACAACAACUAAUAUACCAUGGACUUUUAUGUCAGAUGGUCAAAAGGGCAUUUUAACUGCUCUCUCUGAAAUUUUUCCACAAGCAAUAACUAGAAGAUGUUGCAGGCAUAUAUAUGCUAACUUUAGGACACGGUGGCCAGGUGUGAAGUACAAGAAACUAUUCUGGGAAGCUGUAAAUGCAUAUAAUGAAGAAGAUUUCAAAAUUGCAAUGAGGCAGAUUGAGUUAAUUAGUCAGGAUGCCUCAAUUUGGUUGAUGGAGCAUCCUUUGGAGACAUGGACAAGACACAAAUUUGAUGAUAGGGUGAAAUGUGACUAUGUCACCAAUAAUCAUGUGGAGUCAUUUAAUUCUUGGCUUGAGAAUGUUAGAGCAAAACCAAUCACUGCUGUUUUUGAAUGUAUAAGAACAAAGGUGAUGUCCAAAUUCAACAAAAGGUUUCGAAGGACAGCAGAUUGGACAACCACGGUAGUGCCAAAAAUUAAGAAAAGAUUAAACUCCAAUAUAUCCAAAGCUGGUACAUGUGAAUUGACAUGGCCCGCUGAAGGUGUGUAUGAGGUAACUGAUAAUGCAAAACUGAAGAGUUAUAUUGUUAUGUUUGGGGAGAGGACUUCUUGUUGUAGGGAAUGGCAGGUGAGUGGAGUUCCUUGUAUGCAUGCAUGUGCAGCCAUUACUACCACAAGGGUGGAUAUUGAGAAGUUAUGUUCAGAUUUCUACAAUAAGGAUACAUAUACAAAGACUUACACUCCUUUCAUCCACCCCAUGCACGAUGAAAGUAUGUGGACUGAGGUUGACAAACCUGAAUUGGAUCCACCAAAGCUCAAAAGACCCUGUGGUAGACCAAGAGUGUCAAGGAAGAGGGAGGAUGGUGAAGCAGAAGCAAAGAAAAGGUCAACUAUUGUGCGGUGCAGUGUUUCCGGUAGGGCAGCAGCAACAAGAGCAACUCAAGCCACAUCAACACAAGGCUCUCAGCCUUCAUGUUGCACCAGCAGGAAGUAG